AUGUGGAAGCUUCCUUUUUUGUUGGGCAUUUGCCUUAUCACCGCUGAGGCUUUACCGAAGCAGGAAAGGAUAGUUGGUGGGUCUGGAGCUAAUAUAAGCCAAUACCCAUUUGCCGCCGUUCUUCUGAUAUCAUGGAAUAACGCAGCUUUCCGGCAAGACUGCGCUGGCGCAAUUAUUAACAACAGAUCCAUUCUUUCAGCUGCUCAUUGCUGGGUCGGUAAGAAUGCUGGUUAUCGUGUUCGAGUUGGCUCGACCAAUGCAAAUAGUGGCGGUGCUGUUCACAACGUGCAACGACAUAUCACCCAUCCAAAUUAUGUUAAUAGCGGAGGAAAUUUAAGAAGUGAUAUUGGUAUAGUAAGACUGGCAAGUUCUAUUGUAUUUGGAGGCAGUGUUAGAGCUGGAUCGAUUGCUGGGGCCAAUUUCAACAUCGCAGAUAACACCAACGUUUGGGCACUUGGAUGGGGUCUUCUAUCUUCGGGUGGUUGGUUAUCUGAACAACUUCAACAUGUGCAGCUAAGAAUAACCGACCGAGCGAGAUGUCAGAGUGCCUUCAAUUCGAAUCUUGUCAAUGCUGCAACGAUUUGUGCCGGCUGGAAUACUAAUGGUCGGGGUACAUGCACUGGCGAUUCCGGAUCACCUCUCGUUCACAACGGUGUUGCUAUAGGUGUGCUUUCUUUUGGUGGUGCUGUGUGUGGAGAUGCGCGUUGGCCUUCUGUAUACGCAAGAGUUUCGAGCUACAGUAACUGGAUACGAAAUAAUGCUUAA